UUGCAGCGCCCGAAGAUGACGCACUCCAGUCCGACUUUAAGCUCCGCUUUGCUGCUCUGCUGCACAGUUAUGCUGCUGGCCACAGCGGCAUCAGGUAUACAGAACAGAAACAACAGCAAUCCCACCAACACCAGACUGCAGCCACAUCGUGUGCAUGGACAUCGACAGCGGCACCAUGGCAGUCCCUUGGUGGCGACUCAGCAGCGACAGUCCCGCCGUCUGCAGUUGGCCAACGCGGCCAAGGCGGAGGUGGAACUGCUGCCGGGUGUGACCAUGCAGGAGGUCACCCGUCUGCGCCGCAUUCAUCCGCAUAAUCCCUACAACAAAGUACUAACGCGUCGACUGCAUCAGCAGUCGGGUCGUCCCACCGAGUGGGACUACAACACGUACAACAUCUACACGAAUACCUUUGGCCCACCACCGCCCCCAGUGCCGCCAUCGUUGCCGCACUCUGGCAAGGGCGAGGACAACACGCAGGAUGUGGAGUUCAUUGGCGUGCGAGAACGGGGACGUGGCUACAAUUAUGUGCCAUCUGUGAGCAGCACCACUGCACCACCGCCGAGUCUCAAUCGCCGCUCCGCCACUCCCGGACUGAGCAGCAUUGGCACCAUUCCGCCCUUGGUGCCCGCCAGACGGGGUUAUGUCUACACGACGACGGCGCCCAUGACAACCACGAGCACAUCCACACCCGCUGUGACCACGGAGGAUCCCUUCGAGACGAACACCAUUGGACGCAACUAUCCCACAGAUCCCAAGGAGAUGGAGAGGCGACACAUUUGCGUGCAGCAGCGGACAAUCACGAUGCCCGUCAAGACGACGGAGGUGUACACGCGCCCCACCUGGAAGCACGUCAGCACGCCCUGCCAGCCUCAGUCGUAUUCGGGGCAGAUGUGCACGCGGGUGCAGGUGGUCCACGAGCCGGCCUACCGGGACGUGAUCAAGCACAAGACGGCCCAGCAGAUGACCUACGACUGCUGUACGGGCUGGAGCCGGGAUAAUCCGCGUGCGGAUGCGUGCAUGAAACCUGUUUGCUCCACGCGCUGCCAGAAUGGCGGCAACUGCACGGCUCCCCAGACCUGCUCCUGCCCGUCCGGCUAUACGGGCCGCCACUGUGAGUUGGAUGUGAACGAGUGCCAGGUGGACAAGCCGUGCGACCAGCAGUGUGUCAACACUCCCGGCUCCUACUUCUGCCGCUGCAGGCAGGGCUUUGUGCUGCAGGCGGACCAGCAGAGCUGCAAGAAGGUGUCCAGCCACGACGAUGAUGCCUUCGAGGCGCGAGAUCUGGAGAAUGACAUCGAUGAGAUGGAUCCCGAGGUGGCCACGCGGCUGCAGAAGAUCGAACGCUCGCUGGCCAAUGAGCGGGUGCACACGAACGAGCUGCAAAAGUCCCUCCAGGCCACAUACAGCGUGGUGGACACGCUGCAGACGAGGCUGAGCACGCUGGAAAAGCAAGCCCAGGAUGUGAGUCGCAUGCAGACGAAUCUGUACAAGACAGAGUCGCGCACCAACAAGCUGGAGGGGAUGCUCAAUCUGCUGAUGAAGUGCCGGAACGGCCCCAAUGCCAAUUGUCCGUAGGAACAGUGGAGGGCACAAAGAACUGCAUUUCUCAACGAAAAGAAACUAAUUUAAAUUAAAUGUUUAGUUAAUUUAAUUGUCUAUUUCUGUUCACCAACUUAUGCGCCGCUCCUCCUGCUUGUAAGCCAUUCCCGCAAUGCGAGUGCCUGCCUCUGUAGUCUCUAGAAAUCAGCCAGAACUUUAGUACUUAAGCGAUGAAAUGUGUCAUAAGUGUAACAGUGUUUAGUUUUUGCAUGUAUCUGUAUAUAAUUUUAAUGUA